CACCUGGCAGUGUCUGGAGACAUUUCUGGUUGUUAGGUCUGGGUGGGAGCGGGGGUGUUGGCAUCGAGUGGGCAGAGGGCAGAGAUGCUGCUGGAUAUCCUACAAUGCUUUUGGAUACCCCUCCCCCAACAAAGAAUUGUCUGGCCCCAAAUGUCAAUAGUGCCAAGGCUGAGAAACUGGUGCCACAGAGGAUGUCAUCUGUGAAGGGUGCUGUGAAUUAACCCCUUCCUUCAGUAGCCUUUUGUGCCCAUCUCGAAUGGAAUGCUCAAACGUAGUUAAAGAUGGUCUCUCAAAAAUAGCAUAGACCUCUCUUUGAACCUUAAAAAAAAGCCAAGCUCCUCAUGGCCAACUUUUCUGGUAUAUAACACAGGAAGUACAGCCAUAUUUUAAAUGAAGAUUAAGGCCCAAACAAGAUUGAAUAACGUCCUAUAAUACAUCACUGGGCUGACUUGAAGAAAAGACCGGGCUCUUGGAGGGCAGUGAAAUGAGACCUGGAAAGAGCUAACAUGCUUGUGUUCACGGAUUCUCCUACAUUGGCACACUCUAGGUAGUAAGCUGUAGGUCAGUACUAAGCUGGGUCAAGAAACCUUAUAUUUUGAUCUCAGUUCUUGGGAGUGGGAACUGCACCAGAUCUUCCUGGUUGUGUAAUACACUGAAAUGGACGCAGUGUAUACUGGGACGCAAGGCUGUCUGCUCACACAUCAGCCUCUCCCCGGACUAUAGGGAGCCAGUUCUCAUAGAGGUUGUCAUUCUGAUUUGCCUGAGUGCUAUGAGAAACUUCCGUAUUUUUUGCAUAAAGCAUUUAGUAAGUAAGAUUUCUUUAGUCUGCUCUUGCAAUUUUUUUUGGCUUGCCUCUUUCAGUAGUUUGUAGAGAUUUUUGAAAAUCUAAUAUAGCUAAGAAUGCAAGAGGAGACCUGGAUUUUCCUCAUCUAAUUUUUGUAGGUGAGGGAAAUGAACAAUAAGUCGAUUUCCCUUGUAUUGGCACACUGACGCACGUUGAAGAGUGAGGGCUCCAAGAGAAUACUGUCCAACGAGGGAAGGUAUUGAAACAAUCUUUGGAUAAUUCACCUAGAAUGUAGGGCAUCUUCUUCAUCCAUUUCGCUGUAACUCUUCCAUGGUCAAGAAGAAGGCCCAUAUUCCAGUCCAAGGCACCACCUCUACUGACACUUGAAAUGGGAAAUGAAUGAUGGGUUUUGCUAGCGGACGUUGUCAUGGAUGAGACCAUUAGAGCAAGUGGUCUAAUGCCCUCAAUCUGACACAUCCACUUGGAGAGGCAUCCAAGAUGAGCCCUUUACUAAAUACUGCCUUAGAGUAAAUGGUCUUGUUUAACUGGUCAUAUUUUAGAUUGGGACAUUAUCUCCCCAAAACCUCAGGAGGAAGAGAAAAUGUAAUGGUCUGGGGCCAAUACUUCCCACUUCAGAUAACUUGCUGUGUCCCCAUGGGAUCGGAGAAGUUUGUUUUUUCUCUCCAGUGCUCUCUUCCCACAUAAUGUAGCACAAAUUGGGAUUUAGGAAUAAAAAAGAUCCUGCCAGAAAUCCUGUGUGUUAAAUAGCACUGAGGAAUGCAGGUCUAAAAGGAAGUUUCUGGAGUUCAUUUCACAUUGCUCUGAAAGUCAGCACAUGCAGCCGCCAAAUCACAGUUAGCUUAGAAUGUACGAGUGAGUUCUCAGUAACAGGAGCACCAAGGGUUAGAAAGUUGAAAAUAGAUGUCAUAUGAUACCAGUGAUAACUCCGUGAGAUUUUGCAGUACCAAGAACGUAUACAGACUGUAAGCCAAAAUGGAAGACGGUCCUGUUUCCUAUGGCUUUAAAAACAUUUUUAUUACAAUGUUUGCUACUUUUUUUUUCUUCAAACUUCUAAUUAAAGUUUGUUUGGCUCUCCUAACUCAUUUCUAUAUCGUCAAAGGAAAUAGAAAAGAAGCGGCUAGGAUAGCAGAAGAGAUCUAUGGUGGAAUUUCAGAUUGCUGGGCUGACCGAUCCCCACUUCAUGAAGCUGCCGCCCAGGGGCGCUUACUGGCCCUUAAAACUUUAAUUGCACAGGGCGUCAACGUGAACCUCGUGACCAUUAACCGGGUGUCUUCGCUCCACGAGGCGUGCCUUGGAGGCCACGUAGCCUGCGCUAAAGCCUUAUUGGAAAAUGGUGCGCACGUCAACGGAGUGACGGUUCACGGAGCCACGCCCCUGUUCAACGCGUGCCGGAGCGGCAGCGCCGCGUGUGUCAACGUGCUGCUGGAGUUCGGAGCCAAGGCCCAGCCCGAGGCGCACUUGGCUUCACCCAUUCAUGAGGCAGUCAAGAGAGGUCAUAGAGAGUGCAUGGAGAUCUUGCUGGCAAACAACGUUAACAUUGACCAAGAACUGCCUCAGCUUGGAACUCCCCUAUAUGUGGCCUGCACCUACCAGAGGGUAGACUGUGUGAAGAAACUUCUAGAAUUAGGGGCCAGCGUGGACCGCGGCCAGCGUCUAGACAUGCCCCUGCAUGCGGCGGCGAGGCGGUCCAGUGUGGAAGUCAUCCACCUGCUAGCCGACUACGGGGCUCCCCUGAAGUGCAGAAACGCCGAGGGCAAAAGCGCGCUGGAUCUGGCCGCUCCCAACAGCAGCGUGGAGCAGGCUCUCCUGCUCCGGGAAGGCCCACCUGCUCUUUCCCAGCUCUGCCGCCUGUGUGUCCGGAAGUGCUUGGGUCGAGCAUGUCAUCAAACCAUCCACGAACUCCAUCUUCCAGAACUGCUGGAAAGAUUCCUGCUGUACCAGUAGUCCCAAAUGGCCAUGGGAAGAUACUUGGAAAUAAGCAGGUUGUUGCCUGCUGUAUCCAGGGUACCUAGUCUAGAUGCCUAACCACUAGACUCUAUCUUCGAAUGAGCUAAGUCAGUUAGUGUAGGUCCUGGAUGAACUGGAACCCUUGAGGAGUGGAAACUCCUGGUUAAUGCUCUCAUUAACCAAGGGACAGCCAGGAGCCUUUUUGUUAUUAGCUUUUGUUGUUAAGAAACUUUAAAAAUCUGUGAAGGGGAGUGAAAAUAAUCUAUGUUUGAAGAUUCGUGAUCUUUAAUUAUCUAAGGGUCAAUAUUCUGAAUAUCAUGCAGACACAUGUAAAUCUGGGUGAAUAAGAUUAUGAUGAGCGUAAGUAUUUCAAGAUGUGUUCCUGAUUUAGUUCCUCCUUCCUUUCCCCUUUCUUUCUUUGCUUCUGUGAAUAAACCUCUGCUAUAAUUUUGAUUUCCUUGCUAUUUAUAUAUACAACAUACAUAUAUACAUGUAUAUAUACAUACACGUACACACACACACACACACAUAUAUGCUGAAUACAUUAAAAGCAUCACAGUUAACAGAAACUUCCAGUUACUGAGGUCCUGGUUGAUAAGAGAGAUGUUGGAAGAGAUUAGCUCAUCACUUCUGAUACUAAAUGCUGUUCUUUGAAGCAAACAGGUCUAGGCUCGAGCAACAUUGGGCGCUCCCAACUAGCUGAACCCACAGGCACUGUUUGAUACGUAUUGCAACCUAAGCAUCCAUCAGCUUAUUUGCAGAGUCAAGAGCCUCAGGGUUUUUGUCUGACAUGUUAAUGCCAGUCACUGAGAUGGGCUCAAAGCUGGGUCAAUAUUAUUUCUGUGAGUCUGGGCCCCAGAUAAGCAUGAUGAUUAUAAUAGAAAACAUAGCCUUCCCCUCCCACUCUCUUUUUCUUCUUUUCCACUCCUUCCCCUUCUGCUUUUCCCAUUGCUAGCCCUUCUUUCUCUCCUCCUCCUUUUUGUGAAUUUGGAACAUGGAAAUUGGAUAGACCUUUAAUUGUUUUAAGUACUACUGUCAUGGUUCUGUGACUAGAGUCAUAUUAGCUUCUAAGAAGAAAAUUUUCUCUCAAAUGAUCCUAAGGUUUGUUUCAAACAUGUAUUUUUCCCCCAGUUUUUCUAGCCCUUUGAUUCUCAACUGGGGACAAUUUUGCCCUCCCCCCCAACUUAAGGACAUUUAAUGGCAAAGUUUGGAGACAUUUUUAGUUGCCACAACUGAGGGAGGGGUGCUACUGACAUCCAGUGUGGAGGUCAGAGAUGCAGCUAAUCAUCCUGUGACCAGGGCAGCUCUACACAGCAAAGAAUUAUCAGUCCAAAAUGCCAGCAGUGCUGAGAUUAAGAAACAUUGCUCUAAACCUGGGCUAUUCGGUACAGGAGCCACAAGACACAUUAGGCUGUUGAUCAGCUGAAAUGUGUCUAGGCUGAACUGAGACGCGCUGUAAUAUAAAAAAAUACUGUGUUUCGAAGAUUGAGUACAAAACAUGAAAUAUUAAUAAUUUUGAUGUUGAUUACACAUUGAAAUGGUAAUUUGAAUAUAUUAGGUUAAAUAAAAUACAUCAUUAAAAUUAAUUCCACUUCUUUUUACUUUUUAAAUGUGACUACCAUACAAUUUUAAAUUAUACACGUGGCUAGCAUAUUUAUGUUAGUACUGUUCAAGACCUUUUUCUGAUUUUCACAACUUUGGAAUAUCAAAUAAGUGUUAACUACCUGGGGACAAAAGAUUAAAUUAUUUUAAAUUCCUAUUUAACAUCACAUUCCAAAAACAAAUCUUGGUUUUCUGAAAAUGUUAAAAAAUUUCAAAUGCUCUAACAUACUAGAAGAAAAUGUUCAUAAAUGUACAUGAAAGGGAAGGUCUUUUCUAAGCCUAAUAUCAAAGGCAGAAACUUUAAAAGAAAAUACUGAUAAAUUAAAAUACAUAUCAAAGAUAUUCAGUAAUUAAAAUAUAUAUCAUAGAACAUUCAGGAAUUGGAGGUUUUCUAUCUUCAAAGUGUUCUCCUGAGCGCAUUUUUUGGUCAACUUGCAUCUUGUUGAAUGUCUGAGCUCUGUGUUAAGCCCCAGGAUGUCCUAGGAUAUUCCAUCUGUCUGUGGCCCCAAGGAAGUCGAGGAUCCUGCUGUUCCAUCUGCUUUCUGAAACUGCAGACCAGGAAUUUCAUGAAUUAUUUGUAUGUACCUUCCAGCUCUGGUAGGUGUGUUCUCUGUGUGUGUGUGUGUGUGUGUGUGUGUGUGUGGCGGGGGCAGGGGGACACUUUAAUUCUGAACUGAGUCCCAAGAGACCACUUACCAGACCGAUCCUUCGGAUUCCAGAAGGAUGUGGAUGCAGAACAGGGCCAGAUCCCUGUGUCUCGGAGCUGUUGUGCUGCUUUAUGAUUUAUGAAUAUAGAGAUUGGACAUGAGGUGGUCUUUAAAUUCCCUGUGAGUCCUGCAGUCCAUCAAGCUAGAAUUAGACCAUCAGAUGGAAUCCUCUGAUUUAUACGAUAUUACAUUGCUUGCUUUUGGGGGGUUCUUAACCCUAAUCUAGAUUAUUUCAUUUUUCACUGGACGUGGGAUGUUUUAUUCCCCAAAUGGUGUAAUUUUCUACAAUUUCAAUCAUAUUUGAAGUGCUCUAGGAUCACUUUUCAAUUAAUUCAUUCAAUACAUUUUUCCCCAGCAUCUAUUAUGUGCCAGGUAUAAGGCUCUGAAAAAGAUGGACAAGGUCCUUGCCCUCGACAAACUUAUGCGUUACUGGAGGCAACAGGGAAUAAAGCAACACAUACGUACAUAUCAUCCUGUCAGGAAAGUGAUAAGACAAAUAAAGCAGAUUGGGGUAACGAGAGCUACUCUUUUAGAUAAUUAGGCAAGGUCCCUGGCAGGGUGACUGAGUUGUGAAAGAACUCCUCAGGCAUGUGUCUAGAAUUUAUUAGUUCAUUUUUACUGUGAAGGUUUUAGUGACUUUUUUCAGUAUAUCACAUUUGUUGUUUUGUUUUGCUCUCUUUGCCUGGUUUAAUGUCGUGAUCCUGUUAUAAAAGUAUUUUUGAUUCCUGCUUUUCCCCCAAACCAUGUUGUAAUGAUUUUCUAAGUUUCAAACCCUUUGAAUCUAUCCUCUUAAAUGGCUGCAUCAUAUCCCUUAGCUAUUUCCAUAUUAUUGGAAUACUUAGAUUACUUCUAAUUUCUUGCUGUUACAAAUAACACUAGUGUGAACUUCCUUUUUUAAUAAAUCUUUUUAAAUGUUUGAAGUAUUUCUUAGAAGAUGUUCAGAAGAGGUAUCUACCGAUUAAGAAAACUAUUUAAAGUAAUAGUUAAAAAUAAUUGAAAAGAUUACACGAUAAAUCACUUUACGGGAAAAAUAUUUUCAUAACCACGCAGAUCUCCAAUAUUACCUAUCCAUGUACCAUGUGUCUCCCUAUAGAGACACCUAAGACGUCGAUCUCUAUACCCUGUGUCUGUCUGUCUCAUCUGUCUACCCAUCCAUCAUUUAUCUGACUAUAUUCCUCAUCUGCCUUGACCCAUUAUUUUAAAAAAAAGUAAGCUUGCCUGUUUUAUUUGAAGACUUAAGCUUCAACUCUUUCAACAUCCCUUAAAGUACUUAAAAGGUGAGGUAUGUCAUUCAACAUCUCUGUUUUUCCUGUGUCUUUUAUUAAGGGACCGUUUCUCCCAAAGUGUUUCUGCUCCCUGAUAUGUCUGCUGUCGCCUUGUCAAAGAAACCUGAGGCUCACAGAUGAUACUUUGCUCAGUAACAACGCUCAUGGCUGAGACAAUUUGACGCACGUACCACGACGAGAACGGCGGAGGCUUCCGAGACGUUGCCUGAAGCUGGCAGGGUGAGGGGUGAACGGUGGAUGAACAGCUUGCUGGGGGAGGGCGCGCUCAGUGUCGGAGGACCUCCCGAGCUGACCCGUCACAGAUGGCUGCCAGCAGCUGCUGCCUCGAGGACACUUGCUCGUGGUGUCGACGAUCUCCUUUCUUCAGCGGAGUUGGCACUAGGACGAACACAUGGGUCACACUCAGAACAGCAGCUUCCUACUUUAACACGGGGUUCACCUGUAAAACAUGUACCCAGAUUUUAAUUUUUAUAUGGUACAUUCUCCCCCACCACUGUUGUUUUGAUACUUCCGCAGCCUACAGAAAAAUGACAAGAAGAAUACAAUGAACAUUUGGAUACCCAUCACCUCAGUUCACCAGUUUUUAGCAUUUUGCCACAUUUGCUUCUCUGUGUGUAUGCACACACGUGCGUAUAUGUGCAUACCUGUGUGCAUGGGUGUGCACACGCCUGUAGAAUUAUAUGUAUGUAAACCGUGCAUAGUGUAUACAUAUACCAAUAGUUUUUUUAAAGAUUGAUUUAUUUUUGAGAGAAGGAAUCUCAAGCUGACUCCCCACUGGGUACAGAGCCCACUGUGGGCUUGAUCCCACGACCCUGAGAUCACAACCCAAGCUGAAAUCAAGAGUCUGGAACGUUUAACCUACGGAGCCACCCAGGUGCCCCUGUGCAAAUAAUUUUAAAUGAGCCAUUCGUGAGUAAACUGUGGAAGUCAUGAGUCUUCCCCAAGGCCAGGAUUAGCUGAGGCGAGUGUUGCAAAAAAUUUAAAGGGGCACCCAGAAACUCUUAUCAUCAAAGUGAAUAUUGUAGUGCUAUCUUUAAAAAAACCCGACAUUACAGAAAAAAGCCCAGGAUGAUCAGAAAUAUCAAAAAUUUUUAAU